UAACCAACAAAACAGAAAUAAAUAGACAGAUGUUAUCAAAUUUAUGUUAAAUCUCUUAUUACAAUAUUUCUUCGAAUAAUUUAAAAAAUAUGAUUAUCUAUUUUGUACGUAUAUUUUUCAUUAAAAUUUUAAUUCAUAUUGUUGGUAGUUAACUGUAUUAUUAUGUAUUAUAAAGCAACGUGUAGCAAAAGAGCAGCUGAUUGUCAAAAGCAAACUUGAAAACGUAAAACGCCACUGCAGAAUGCAGAAGCCAGAAGAUCAAAAACAAAAACACUUCUCAUGAAGACAUUUUGAUGUAACUUAUAGGUUAGAAAAUUGAUAUUAAAAAGUUACUAUUGUUAUUGAAUAAGUAGUAAAGCUCAAUCAUUAAAUACAAUGGCAUCUGAAUGGACCCCGGACAAGAAACAUAGCGAUAGAGAAAGAUGGAUCUGCAUUUAUCCGGCUUACAUUAAUAGUAAAAAAACGUUAUUCCAAGGCCGUCGUAUAGCAAAGGAUAAAUGUGUGGAUAAUCCAACUCAUCAAGAGAUAAAAGAUGUGCUAGCCACAACUGGCCUAAAGAUGGGAGUCGAGAAUAAACUAUAUCCAAGAGAAAGAAGCAAAGAAUUGGUUUACAGAGGACGUAUCCGGGUGCAAUUGAAGAACGAUGAUGGAAGUCCUGUCAACAAUGAUUUUCCUUCACGAGACUCGGUUCUGCUCUACCUGUGCAAUAUGAUUCCCAAGCUGAAGAGCCGAGCCAGUAAACAAGGAGGGAGCGACCAGAGCACGCAGAGUGGUGGGGGAAGCAGCAGCCAAAGCAGCGGCUCCAAGAAAAAGGGCAAAGGACGGCGAUAAGUCUAAUAUUAAUGUAUUAUCAUUUUUGUUAUAAAUAUUCAUCAAAUAAAUAAAAACAUUAUUCAAAAGGGUUA